AGAUAGGGCCAGUCAUCAAAUAAAGAAAAUGCUUCUAUUUAUAUCACAUGGGUGAAAAUCAAAGUUUUUAUAGUCUCACUCUCUCAUGGAUAGUAUCAAGCAACCACUUCUAUCUAGCAGAGACGAUGAGCAUCAUUACCCAGAUCAUCCAGAGAGCCCUCCCAGAGCAUCAGAGCUUUCUUCUUCAUCCUUCGCCGUCGAUGAAAACGACAUCAAACCCAUCUCCGGAGUUCAAGAUUUCAUCAGAGAAUUUGCUGUGGAGUCAAAAAAGCUUUGGUACCUAGCUGCUCCCGCCAUCUUCACAUCCAUUUGCCAAUACUCUCUCGGCGCCAUAACUCAAGUCCUCGCCGGCCAUGUCGGAACCAUCGAACUCGCUGCCGUCUCCGUCGAAAACUCCGUCAUUGCCGGAUUCUCUUUGGGCAUGAUGUUGGGGAUGGGAAGUGCACUAGAGACGCUUUGUGGACAGGCUUUCGGAGCUGGACAGAUGAAUAUGCUAGGGAUCUACAUGCAAAGAUCAUGGAUCAUUCUCAUUGCCACGGCCCUAAUAAUGAUGUUUCUAUACAUAUUCGCAGCUCCGAUUUUGAUACUCAUCGGCCAGACAGCCGAGAUAUCAGAUGCGUCCGGGAGAUUCGCGGUGUGGAUGAUUCCACAGCUCUUUGCAUACGCGGUGAACUUCCCGCUCGCCAAGUUUUUACAGGCGCAGAGCAAGUUCAUGGCGAUGGCGGUGAUCGCCGCGGUGGCGCUGGUGCUGCACUGCGUCUUCAGCUGGUUACUGAUGCUGAAGCUGGGGUGGGGACUGGUGGGUGCGGCGGUGGUGCUGAACUCGUCGUGGUGGUUCAUAGUGGCGGCUCAGCUGUUGUAUGUAUUCAGUGGGUCGUGUGGUGGAGCUUGGAGUGGGUUUUCAUGGGAGGCCUUUCAGAACCUCCUGGGAUUUGUUAAGUUGUCCCUUGCAUCUGCUGUAAUGCUCUGCUUAGAAUUUUGGUAUUUUUAUGCGCUGAUUCUCUUUGCCGGGUAUCUUAAGAACGCAGAAGUUUCUGUGGAUGCCUUGUCCAUAUGCAUGAACAUACUGGGAUGGGCAAUCAUGGUAGCUUUCGGAUUCAAUGCAGCCACAAGUGUGAGAGUGUCAAAUGAAUUAGGGGCAGCACAUCCAAGAACCGCGAAAUUCUCUGUAGUGGUGGUCUCAGUAACUUCGGUUUUGUUUGGUCUCUUGCUCGCGCUCAUUCUGAUCAUCAACCGGAUGCAGUACCCAGCUUUAUUUUCGAAUAAUGCAGAAGUAAAACAACUUGUAAUCGAGCUCACGCCAUUGUUAGGAGCCAGCAUUGUCAUUAACAAUAUUCAGCCUGCUCUUUCUGGAGUGGCAAUAGGGGCAGGAUGGCAAGCAAUUGUUGCGUAUGUGAACAUUGGGUGCUACUAUAUAUUCGGUAUUCCUUUCGGCCUCCUAACCGGAUACAAGUUUGGCAUGGGUGUCCGGGGCAUAUGGUAUGGGAUGCUGUCAGGAACAGCCCUACAGACCUGCUUCUUGUUCUGGUUGAUAUACAGAACAAACUGGAAGAAAGAGGCUUCGAUAGCUGGAGAAAGAAUAAAACAAUGGGGAGGUGAAUCAGAUGCCAAAAAGGAAGGUGAAGAAAUUUGAAACGAGACCAGAAAGUACACAUGGGGUGAAUCAUCCAAGAAUUCAAUCGCAAGUGAAGAGGUAUUCAAAUCAAUGGGUUGCUGCAUGUUAUGCCAUCAUAAAGAAAUCCAUAUUCUCUUAAUACCACCUCCUUUUUUUUUUUCCUCUUAUUUUGUAUUUCACCGCUAGUUCAGCUCUAGUUGAAAAACACUAAAUUCAUCAAUUUUGGGGUUUAAAAUCGUUACGUACUCAUCCAUUAAAGGAGUAUCGAUGAAUCAUGCUAGACUACCAUCAAAAUUCCAACCUACCAAGCGGUCCAAAUCCAUUAGGAUACAGAAAUCAACCUACCAGCUGCACUUAAUAUACAACCAAAAACCAACAGCCAGACCUACACAAUAGUAUAAA